UAAUGUUUGUUGUGCAGAGGGUACAUGGCACCAGAAUAUGCAUUAUGGGGUCACUUAUCCCAUAAAGCAGAUGUUUAUAGUUUUGGGAUUGUCGCGUUGGAAAUUAUUGCUGGAAAGAACAACAUGAAAUAUCGUGCUAUUGAAAAUUAUGUUUGUCUACUUGAUUGGGCACUUGCUUUACAAAAAAAAGGAAAUUUAGUAGAGUUGAUGGAUCCAAAGUUGGGUUCCAAUUUCAACGAGGAGGAAGCAAUAAAAAUUCUUAAAGUAGCUUUAUCUUGCACUAAUCCAUCUUCGGUGGUUAGGCCGACCAUGUCUGCAGUAGUAAGAAUGCUUGAAGGUGAUAUAUGCGUCGAAGAACUGAUGAUGGAUCAAAGUGAAUAUGGUGAUGACUUUAGGUUCAAAUCCCUUAGAGACAAAUACUAUGAGCUGCAACGCCAGAACUCAAGUGAAGGCCAAACCCUCAUUGAUUUAUCAGAAACAGCACGAAAUGGCUCGUCCUCUACAACUUCUCAUGAUCUCUACCCGAUUAGUCUUGAUUCUCAUUAAUGAAAUCCAACUUGGAACGUGUCAUGGUGGCUUCAUUACUCUGCAAGCAUUACAUGCAUUGUUUUUUUAAUUUUGGUUGAAGAAUUUCAUUCUCUUGUUUUUUUAUGUUUCAAAUGUUUAAUGUUUGAUGUUUUGGUGAUUGUUAGUCUUUCGGUAAUUUUGUCAUAUGUUUUCAGGUCAUGUGAUUUGUUUUUAGAUUGUAGAAUUUUGUUUUGGUUGUGUGGUUGUAUUGUUGUUGAAGUUCUACAAGUGAAGAAAAGUUGAAACAUAGAAAAUGUUGGGUAUACUUCCUUAGUGGAGUAUGAGACUCAAUUGGUUUAUUAAAAUAUUUGGUUU